CAAAGGGGCAAAAGCUCGGCGGGGGUAAGGGUGUGAAUGAGCACGGAGGCCAUGGAUGGUCGGAUGAGCCUGUUUGACACGGUGUUCAGUUUUUUGGAGGAAGGAGGAGGAGUCGGUGGUGGCGGUGGGAGCGCGGAAGGGGGCUGUCAUGAUGGUGGUGAUGCCUUAGACAGCGGCGACGACGAGGAGGGGACGAGCCACAGCACCGCGGAGAAGAAGGCCUUCUGGGAGUCGCAGCAACAGCUUCUUCGGGAAGCGCUAUCUCGGACGAGCUCCACCGAGGCCAAGUUACUGCAGCGCACGAAGGAUGCCGUGACCAAGAUGCAAGCCGAGGGUGUCGUCUGCACUUGCUCGAAUAGCAUGGCAAAGGAGUGCCGCAACUGCGCGCUAGCCUACAUCACACGACAGCUUCACCAGCUGGGCUACAACAGCGCCUUGUGCAAGUCCAAAUGGACGAGGUCGCCGGACAUCCCUUCAGGCGAACACAGCUACGUCGACGUGGUGAUGGAAACGAAGGGCGGCAAGAAAGGCCCCGUCAGGCUGGUCGUCGAGUUAAACUUCCGGGCGGAGUUUGAGAUGGCAAGAGGCAGCCAGGAGUACAACCGCCUGGUGAGCUUCCUGCCGGAGGUUUUCGUGGGAAAGUCGGAGAAGCUGCGGGGUGUCCUCAAGAUCGUGUGCGCGGCGGCGAAGAAGUGCAUGAAGGAGAACAAGAUGCACAUGGCGCCGUGGCGGAAGCACAAGUACAUGCAGUCCAAGUGGCUGGGCACGCCAGAGAGGGCAGGCCCGAGGGUGAUGUCCUUCCCGCCCACGGUGUCGGAGCGGCAGCCCAAGCGCAAGGCCUCCAUGUUGACGUUCGACUUGCACCUCACCGCCGUUAGAGUGGUGUGACCGGCAAAUUUAGGGGUGGGUGUUUCUGAGCUUGAGCCGUGCACCUCCGCUUCAGUUUUGUCAUGCCCGCUUGAGUACAGCGCAUCGAUCUUGGAGCUAUCAGUCAAUAGAGGACCGAAUCAGUGAUGGGAGACUACCCACAUAAGUAUUAUAUAUAUAUACAUAUAUAUGUAUAUAUAUACAUAUAUAUAUAUAUAUAUUCCCUUGUGAUGUGUUAUUGUACGAUGUGAGCUACCUUGUGGACCAUUGAACUCGAUCGAGCUUGGAAAAUUUUCUAUGUACCAUCGUUUAACUCGA